AUGACAUCCUCCGACGUCCGCGACGUGCUCAACCUCCCCGACGGCGCCGCCGCCGGCCCGCGGCCCUCCAAGAAGCAAAAGGUCGCCGCCCCGCGCCCCAACCUCAAGGGCCUCGCGCGCGAAGUGCACAACCUGGGCGGUGACAACCCCAUCGCCAUUGUUCCCGAGGUGACGCAGUUCAAGAAGCGCCGCUUCGUCAGCCGCAAGCCCGCCGCGCACUGGGAGCUGCGAGCGUUUCGCAAUUCGGGCAGGAAAGAUGGGAGUCUGCUGCUGAAGCACUGGAGGAGGGCCGACGACGGGAAGCAGAGGCAAGCGGGAGAGGGCAACGCGACGGGGUCAAAGGACGAGGAGGAGGAAAUCGAGGAUUCACUGUACGCCAAGUACAACGUCCAGGUCUCGGUGCCGCAGUACAGCGACGACCAGUACCGCCAGGUGCUGGAGAACCCUGACUGGACCAAGGAGGAGACGGACUACUUGAUGGAGCUGGUGCGGGACUACGAUAUCAGAUGGCCCCUUAUAUGGGAUCGAUACGAAUGGAGCCCGCCGGCAACCAAUGGAGAGGCCGACGCUGAUGGCGACGAGAGAAAGGCUAUCGUCCCAGCUACGCGAUCCCGGUCGAUGGAGGAUCUCAAGGCGAGAUAUUACGAGGUGGCGUCCAGGAUGAUGGCCGUCCAGAAGCCAGUCCAGUACAUGACGCAGCCCGAGUUUGCGCUCCACGAGCUCAUGGCACAUUUCAACCCCCAGCAGGAGAAGCUGCGCAAGGAAUUUGCACUCAAUUCGCUGAGCAGGACGCGCGAGGAGGCGCGCGAGGAGGAAUCGCUUCUGCUGGAGAUCAAGCGCAUCUUGGCUAGGAGUGACAGGUUCAACGAGGAGCGGAGGGAGCUCUACAACCGCCUAGACUACCCGCAUGCGGAGCAGGACAUCGCAACGUUCAAGUCAUCGGCCGGUCUGCAGACGUUGCUCCAAAAUUUGAUGACGGCGGACAAGUCCAAGAAGCGCAAGUCCAUCAUGGGUGGCGAGGCGCCCACGCCAUCGGGCCAGCCCACGCCGCAGCAGGCGGCUCCGGAGAACGGAAGACGCGAUAGCGCUGCGGCUUCUACUGGCACGCGCGAAUCGAAUGCGCCCACAGCGGCGUCCACCUCGAACAAGAAGGCCCAGCAGCAGCAUCAUCAUCAGCAGCAGCAACAGCAACAGCAACAGCAGCAUCAGGCGCAGCAACAGCAGCAGGCUCAACAGGCUCAGCCGCAGGAGCGCAAGAAGCUCACCGAGCAAGAGGAGCUCAUCUACGGCGUCACGCACCACGACCGUCUCGGCUCCGGCCCUACCUUCCGGACGGAGAAGAUCAACAAGCUCUUCUCCCACAAGUCCAACCAGCAGCAGCUGCGCAUCACAAACACGCUUAACGAGCUGGAUGUCCCGGCCAAGCUGGCCAUGCCCACGGCGGCAACGACUGCCGCCUUCGAGCAGCUUCUGGCGGCUGUCAAUAGUCUUCUCGAUGCUCGCAAGGUUAACGACAAGAUUGAUGCAGAAAUCAGGCUGGAACUGGCCAAGAAGGCCGAAUUAGAGAAGGCCCUGGGCCAACAAGAAGCCGACAAGUCCGAGGACGCUGAUGGCGAUGCUAAAGACGAGACGGCUGCGGCAGAUGAAGCAUCCAAAGACAAUGGCCAGGACGAUGGCGCCGAAGCUCAGCCUGGAGACGGCGAGAAGGAGGAGGAAGGCGAAAAGGCAACACCAUCUGAUGAAGCAACGGCCAAGCCAUCCGUCGAAGAACCAGAGGACAAGAACCAAAACACCGACACUAACGCGGACAAGGAUAAGGAGAAAGACGGUCAACCAGAGAGCGGCGUCACCACCCGCAAGCGGAGCGCCAGUGUGCUAAGCUCCGUGAGUGAUAAGAGCACGAAGAAGCAGAAGAAAUGA